AUGGCAAGCACAUGGAAUGAUUUCUUCGCGUUCAAAUUAGUAUUGACUGGGGACUCCGGCGUCGGCAAGUCGUGCUGUCUGUUGCGCUUUAUUGAAGACUCCUUCACUCCCUCCUUUAUCACUACCAUCGGAAUCGACUUCAAGAUUCGCAAUAUUGAACUAGAUGGGAAACGUGUAGCCCUACAAAUCUUUGAUACGGCGGGCCAGGAACGCUUCCGCACUAUAACAACAGCUUACUAUCGUCACGCUAUGGGGAUCCUACUAGUCUAUGAUGUGACCGAUGAACGUUCAUUCUAUAACAUUCGAACUUGGUUAUCUAACGUCGAGCAACAUGCUAGCGAGAGUGCGCACAAAAUCCUGAUUGGAAACAAGUGCGAUUGGGGAGAAAAGCGGGCCAUCUCGACCGAACAGGGUCAGCAGCUUGCUGAUGAGCUUGGUAUAUCUUUCUUGGAAGUUUCCGCGAAGAACAACAUCAACAUCGAGAAGGCAUUCUACAGUCUUGCAUCUGACAUCAAGAAGACCAUGGAAUCUUCGAGGAGCGAACAGAACGGUGCCUCCAAUAUCAGUAUAGACCAGCAGGUCUCGAGUUUAGACGGUGGUAGUGGAGGAAAAUGCUGUUAG